GGCCUUCUCUGGCUACAGUACCUAUCCCACGCAUCGUCAACCUCUCCCUGUCUGCUUCGUAGCAGGAGCAAGGGACCCAUUUCGUCCUCUUCGUUUUGCACAGCAGCUUACAUCGACGGCUCAUUGCUCCCUCGCUGCCAUGGGUCCCAUCCUUACCCUCACCGACCCGCCUCCACUGGGUAAGCCCCAGGCGUUUGGCCUCCUUGUCGUGUAUAGCGUAGUAUACGUCCUGCCCCUUCACCUCCGGACCGCGACACGCGCCUCAGCGUCCCGCUCUAGAGACGCACCGGACGCCAUUCGUGCCAGGAUUCGCUCCGUCUCCUUCUCGACCACCACCUGCUCACUUGCGACGCUUUUCAUCAUUCUGGACUCCACCUCACGCCCCCCGUCUGAGACCUUGUUGGGCCACCUGACCCUCGCAUUUCAUUUCAUGGGAUACUGGCCCGUUGGUUACAUGGAAACCAUCAAAAGCUUGUGUCUCACCGCCCUACUCUUUGCUGCGCCCCUGUAUGAAUGCCUCCUAGUCGAUGGCCUUUGGAUGCAAUGGCGACAGCUCGAGCCCCUGCGUCACGUUUGGUCUGAAUGGCCAGUAUGGCGUAACAUGGUUGCGGGGCCUGUCACUGAGGAAUGCCUUUUUCGAUCCGCUGCCGUUCCCUUACUCUUGCUCGCUGGCUCAGACAUGAGUUCCAUCAUCUUCCUCUCUCCAGUUGUGUUCGGCUUAGCCCAUGUGCACCACUUCUACGAAUUCCGCGUCACGCAUCCAGAAACCCCGCUUGCCGUAGCUGUCGCCCGCUCAGUCCUUCAGUUCUCAUACACCUCCAUCUUUGGCGCAUAUGCAACCUUCAUUUAUUUGCGGACUGGCUCCUUGCUCGCAGCUGUCGCUGUUCACGCCCUAUGCAACUCUAUUGGGCUCCCGCGUAUUUGGGGUCCUGUCGAGCCCUACUGGUUGCGCACGCAUGACUCGAAGCAGGCGCUUCGUUUGCUGCCAUGGACCAUGCUCUACUAUUCCCUGCUCCUUGGCGGUUGCUUUCUCUGGAGAUCCAACCUGUAUUCUUUGACAAGUUCGCCCUCGGCUUUGACUGCCAUCUGACUGAACAGAUACUGGGGGCUGUGCGUUAGGUGCUAUCCUGAUCUUAAGUCGGCAACAAGGCCGUCUCUCGGACAGCUCGCACGUCGCCGGAUCGCACACCGCCAUCAUUUCUCUGAAACAUCGAGCCCAUAGGCAUUGCGUUGUGUUGUUAAUGCUGGUCAAUAUCAACUAGCUCAAGACUGCUAUAUUAUCGCAGUUGAACGCCCGGGAGAGACCCCGGCAUCGGAAAGUCAUCCUCUUCUCCCGAUCCUUGCGGUCUGCGGUGUCGGAGCGGCGGAUUCGUAUCCCUUGCCUCUUCUCCGCCACAAGGUUCUUUCAGUCGCGCCCCGUCGCGCAAAUCACGGCCAAGAUCUUUGCCCUUUGAGCGGCCGACAGAUCCGCUGCCAACAUCGGCCAUGGCAUCAUCGGGGCCUCGCGUGUUCUUCUUCCUUGGCCAGAGACUGGGAAGGGCAAUUUCUUGGAAGCGAGGCUCAACGGCACGCUCAUCAAACCACCUAUGGAGGCGCGCCUCGACGAGUUGCGCAAUUUUGGGCACGUCCUGUAGUCUAGAGCGGCUUCCCAAGAGACUGCGAAUGGAGAAAUCUAGGCGGUAAUCGUCAAGGAAACUGAAAGUCAUCAUUGUCGGUGUGGAUUGGGAUGGGUUGCUCGGUAUAAAGGAAAUCGAUAGCGUGCCGCUGAAUCGCACUACGGAUACAGCGAGUGCGACGGGUAAAAUCGCGGAUAGCUUUUUGGGGUAGUUGAGAAGUAGCUUCGUCUCAACGGCGAGAGUAAGCAUGUC